AGAUCCUAUUUGGCCCGUGCCCAGGCUGAGGGCUAUUUUGGCAAUAGUAACACGACUCUGUCAAAUCCGCUCAACAAUACAGCCACCAGUCUUGCUAGCCAACAAGCGCCGAAAAUUAUUAGACCAAUUGCGAGUAAACCACAAUUGGCCAAUUUUGGAUUUUUACCAAUAGGACAUACAAUGCCCGUAACACCCUCAUUAAACUGUCGCACCUCGACAAUAACGUCAGGCUGCAGCAACAAUGCCUCGGCGGUCUCCGCCACAAUAUCGACACCUAUGGGUAAAAUUCUCGAAAUGGAAACAAACAACAAAGACGACGAAGGCGGUGACAUUGAAGUUGAUGAAUUAGAUCGACAAUCAAUGACGUCCAAGGGACGUAACUAUGCCCCCCCUUCGGCAAUUGUCACAAACAAUGCUCCUCCCACUCACGAGGAGGACGAUGAGGAUGUGGAAGUUUUUAUCGACACAACUUCGGAAGACGCUGAUGUAGUUGUUGAAUGUGAUAUACAACAAAAAAUAUCCUUCAAAAAUCAGAAUCAUAAAACUGCAAAUACUGGCAAGGAGUCGGCGGCAGCGGCGGCCUCCUCACAUCACUCCAGCUCGCAUGGACACAAUAGGAGACAUGAUAAAACACACAAGAAAUCAUCACACAGCAGAUCAGAUAAACGUCGAAAGUCUGGCAACAAUAAUUCGUUGUCCUCGACGGGCCUGCAAGUGGCCAAGGCUCCCAUACCAGCCUCACAACUGGAUACGUCAGAGGCCAAUAAGGUGAUUAUUGAUGUGGCCAGUUGUGAUGGCCCGGUGCGUUUCAAACGUAUACUCAACACAGCCUACGGCCAUAAACCAGAAACAUGUUCAGCUGCAGCUGCAGUAGGCUCUGCUAAUCACCAUCACAUGAAUGUGACACCCGGCCAAGAACGUUCCCUACAAAGCGUUUCCUUGUCCUUUCAUCAACAAAUGGCAAAAACCAUUAGCCAACAGCAACACCUCAACAAUGCCGAAGAAUCCGAGAAUAGUGAGACAUCAAAUGGCAGUAUUGGUACAGGGAACAAUGGGGGUGGGGGUGGUGUUGCUGGCGCUCCGAAACUUGGCCGUAAAAUACAAAAUGAAAUUUUCGUUUGUGUCUACUGUAAACACACAUUCAAAUCACAAUACUGUUAUCAGAAACAUGCUAAGCGCCAUCUAAAUCCAUUAACCUUACAAGCUACUUGUGUUCCCCCGCCUGAAAAAAGGACCAUCAACGAUGAGAGCAGUUCGACAAUGACCACAACAGCAGUGGCAUCAUCAUCUUCAUCGCUUAUGGCCACAACGGAACAACAAUCAUCAUCAAAUUUACAAAAAAUACGACCAUUUGUGUUGAGGAAUUCCGGAAUGAGUGGACAGCAAUCAGGCGGCGGCAGUAGUACUAGCGCUGACUUUUUAAGACGCGAAGUUCGUCCCUUGGAUAUGAAUGUACAAUAUUAUCCGUGCAAGACGUGUGGCUGUAAAUUUCCCAGUUACUAUUUUGUACACAAACAUCGUAAAAUGUGUCAUGCCGAGGAGGAGGCAGCUGCUGCGGCAGCGGUCCAGCAAAAUGUCAAUGGCAAUAAUGGUGGUGCUGGUACUGGUACUAGUACAUCAUCAUUGGAAGAAUCUGCCCAGACAGCUAAUGAGGACGACAAUCAUCACAUGGAUGAAGAGGCGAAGGAGAAAAACUAAACUUUACAAGACGAGAUCAAUUGACGUCUUUAAUUGGAAAAAAGAAAAAAUUGAAAAAAGAAAGUAAAAUGACAAAGAAAAAAAUUAAAACACACACACAUAUCGAGCUUUAGCAUUAAAUGUCAAAACAAAACAAAGGAAAAGGAUAUCUAUUUCUAUGAAA